AUCAUCUGACGAGCAAAGAUUCCUCUGCCUAACACUCUUUUCUCUUUCCUUCCCUUUCCAUCAAUCCAAACACCGAAAUCUGCUUUCUUGAAACACUGUUCCCAUUUUCUUCUGAAAACCUAGGGUUUUAGAUCUCUCAGGUCAGCUUUUCUUCUCAUGAAUCUCUGAUUCCCACAAAAAUGUUGAACGACAACAGCCAAGAUCUCGCCACCCACUUCCUCAAGCUCUCUCGUCUUGGCUCGACGCGCUCCGCCAUGGAUGUCGACGACGACGACGACCGGGAGGAGCCUCCCACGGAGCUCAACACCAUCAACAGCUCCGGCGGGUUCUUGCUGGUGUCUCCGGACAAGCUGUCGGUGAAGUACCCCACCGUCCAUAUGCACGGCCACGACGUGGGAGUUGUCCAAGGGAAUCGGCCGGCGCCGGUGAAGCGUCUCGUGUACUAUUUCGAGAUUCACGUGAAAAGCGCAGGCGUGAAGGGGCAAAUUGCCAUUGGAUUCACCUGCGAGGGUUUCAAGAUGCGGAGGCAGCCCGGCUGGGAACAAAAUAGUUAUGGAUAUCAUGGGGAUGAUGGACUGUUAUAUCGAGGACAACCAAAGGGGGAGGCUUUUGGCCCAACCUAUACAUCUGGUGAUACAGUUGGCGGUGGUAUUAACUAUGCUACACAGGAGUUUUUUUUCACUAAAAAUGGGGCGGUAGUGGGAACAACGCGCAAGGAUGUGAAGGGUCGCUUAUAUCCUACAGUUGCUGUUCACAGUCAAAAUGAGGAGGUUACUGUCAACUUCGGGGCAGAUCCAUUUUGUUUUGAUCUCAAGGCAUAUGAAGCUCAAGAGCGAAUGAAGCAACAAGUGGCGAUUGAAAAAAUAUCUUUGCCACCAAAUCUUAGUUAUGGAGUUGUUCGUUCCUACUUACUGCACUAUGGCUAUGAAGAUACACUAAAUUCAUUUGACUUGGCUGGCAAAAGUAAUGUUCCUCCAAUCUCUUUAGAUCAAGGAAGUGGCUCCAAUGAAGAAGGUCGCAUGUAUGCAUUGAGUCAAAGGAAGGUUCUUCGCCAGCUAAUCAGGAAAGGGAAAAUUGAUGCCGCACUUGGUAAACUUGGUGAAUGGUAUCCUGAUAUUGUUCAGGAUGAUAAAUCAGCUACUUGCUUUCUGCUUUACUGCCAAAAAUUUAUAGAACUAGUUCGGGUUGGAGAGUUGGAGGAGGCUGUGUCAUAUGGAAGGACUAAAUUGGCAAAAUUCUUUGAGUUACCAGGUUUUGAGGAGCUAGUUCAGGACUGUGUUGCAUUACUGGCAUAUGAACAACCUCAUAAGUCCGUGGUUGGAUAUCUUCUUGAAGAUUCACAGAGAGAGGUUGUGGCUGACACAGUUAAUGCCAUGAUCCUGCUAAGAAAUCCCAAGGUGACAGAUACACAAGUUUGCUUGCGUUCAGAUCUUGAGAAGUUACUCCGGCAGCUAACUGCUUCCUGCUUGAUGAAGAGGCAACUGGAAGGGGAUCAAGGUGAAGCUUUCCAUCUGCACAGGGUACUGAACAGCGGUGACGAGUAAGUGAGGGUUGAUAUUUUCAUCACCGAUCUUCCACCUUGUUAAUAGGGCCGUUUUUCCUUUCUCCCUAAACUGCAUUACAAACGAUCAGAUUUGUUAUUAGCUCUGGUAACACUGAAUAGAGCCCCCCUUCAUGUCUUCACAAUAAUGCUUCAUUCCCUUACAUAACUGGGGGUGUUCUCUAUCUGCCUGCCUGUCACUUGAAACCUCACAAAUUCAAUCGUGAAUGAAAAUCCCUACUUGAACUCAACAGCCAUUUCUCUACUUAGUACUUCCGAAUAUUGAAUAUCUACAUACCGUGACUGACAUGUGUAUAUAUCAAGUAUGUCUCGGUUUUUUCAUAUAUUCAGUUUGAAGAUAACUUUCAGAAUU